AUGUUGCGUUUUGUGCACGCCGCGCGUGUGCUGCACACCUCAGCGCGCUUCGCAGAGCAAGCGCGACCGGCAAUCACCGCGAUUGCCGAGCUGCGUCGCGCUGUGCCAGGUACAGCGCUGGUCAAAGCACGCGAGGCGCUUGUUGCUUCGCGCACACUGCCCGACAAGGACGACGUCGGCGCGGCGGUGGCUUGGCUCGAGCAGAAUAGGAAAGAAGAAGGCACGAAACGUGCAGCCAAGGUAUCUGCGCGUACGACUGCGGAGGGUGUCGUGGCAUGCAGUGUCUUGUCCGACGGGCUCAGCGGUACAGAGGCGCGUGCUGCGCUGAUUGAACUAAAUUGCGAGACGGAUUUUGUCGCGCGCAACGAGCUAUUUGGCGCUCUUGCGCGCGAUAUUGCACAUACCGCCGCGUGGCUGCCUCUGUUUGGUGAUGAGGGGCACGGGGCGGAGGCGAUUCGCGAUGUCAGCGUGGCAGAGUUCCUUGCGUGCCCUAUUGUGCCGUAUGACGCGCCAACAGACGUGCAAGACGCCGGCGUGCGCACUGUCGGGUCCGCCAUUACGGAAGUGAUUGCACGGCUUGGCGAAAAGAUUGCACUGACGCGUAUCGCGGCCACGUUCCCAGGCUCGAAAAAUGCCGCACUGGUCUGCGGCUCAUUUGCACAUGGCGCUGCGGCGAAAGCACCCAAACCUGCGACGCCGACGAAUGCGACAUUUGCGAGUGGCCGUGUGGCCAGCUUGCUUCUUGUCCAAUUUGGCGGCCGCGUCUUGGCCGCGGCAAAGAACGAGGAGGCGAACGACUCGUUGCUUAGCGGAGCGCGCGGGUUAGUGCGCUCCUUGGCCCGCCAAGCCGCUGGGUUUCCUACAAGCAGCAUUGCACCAAGCAGCGCCGAGCAUGGAGGAGAGCUGAGCACGGCACUCUUGGCGCAGCCGUUUGCGAUGCUGCUCCCGAGUGCGGGACUCGACGACUCUGCAUCUAGCGGCACGGUACAGGAAUCACUGCAGAGAUGGGCAGCCGAAAUCGACCUUUCCAAGAGUCCGGUGCAGGUGCACGGUUUGCGCCGCUGGGAAGUGGCCGAAACGAGUGCACCUGCUGACCAAAGCACGUCGUUUGCUGACGAGGUGAAAAAGGCAGCAGGGCUAUAG